CGAGAACCGGAAGUCGUGCCGGAAAGGGGCUCGCGCGCUGAGUGGACAAAAGCUCAGGGGGAAUCGGCGGCAGGGUAGAACAGGCAGAGGACGUGUGAAUGGACAGCUCGCAAACUCAACAUCACAUCGGAUCUGCACUGUGGGUUCAUCCCCCCCUGCCUGUCGUUGACCUUUGAUACGGAAGGGAAGAUGCUCGUCUGUUUUAUCUCUGAGAAAAGGUUACAAUCCACGGGGUGGUCUGUCCGGCUGUGAGAGUGUUCAAGUGCCCCGACUGUGGCGGGAACCUCAGCCCGAGGAGGGAGCGCCACCAUCUCUCCAUGGAAAACACAAACAUGUAUGUUACCUUCUGAUGAACCACCCUGGCGAGAAGCUACGUGACUUUUCUUCACAAGUUUGAAAAGGGAGCAAGUAUUUCCAUGAUAAAAUUGGGGUACUGGUGUGGAUUGUUGUGAAGGUUUUCCGUCCUCGCGUAAUUGCUUUUUGCCGGGAAUGAAGUUCAGUGUCUCGUGCACCCGUUGGAAAUUCAUUGAUGCCGAACCCUGAGGCACGUCCUCACUGGAGAUUGGACACCCGCCUGCUCCCGGUGUGGGAAGGGGAUUCGCUCAGUCGUCCGCGCCGCGGAGAGGCCGUUCGGCCGCACUGAGAGUGGGAGAGGGGCCGCCGAGCAAGAUGACACCCCGGCGAAGUCACGCCGGGGGGAAGCUGUUCGCCUGCUCGGAAUGUGGGAAGGGGUUCGCUCGGUCGUCCCACCUGCUGACGCACCAGACAGUGCACACUGGGGAGAGGCUGUUCGCUUGCCCCGACUGUGGGAAGAAGUUCACCCGCUCAUCAAGCCUGAUGCGGCACCAGCAGUUUCACACCGGGGAGAGGCUGUUCACCUGCUCCGAGUGCGGGAAGGGCUUCACCCAGUCGUCCCACCUGGUGAGACACCAGCGGGUUCACACUGGGGAGCGGCCAUUCACCUGCGCCGAGUGCGGUGAGAGAUUCACCCAGUCGUCCAGCCUGAUGACGCACCAGCGGGUUCACACCGGGGAGAGGCCAUUCAGCUGCUCCGAGUGCGGGAAGAGAUUCGCCCGGUCGUCCAGCCUGCUGAUCCACCAGCAAAUCCACACCGGGGAGAGGCCGUUCACCUGCUCCGAGUGCGGGAAGGGGUAUAGCCGCUCCUCGGAGCUGCUGAUCCACCAGCAAGUUCACACCGGGGAGAAGCCGUUCCCCUGCUCCAUGUGCGGGAAGCGGUUCGCCCGCUCGUCCAACCUGCUGAUACACCAGCGCAUCCACACCGGGGAGAGGCCGUUCACCUGCUCCGAGUGCGGACGGGGCUUUGUCCAGUCGUCCCAGCUCCUGAAGCACCGGCGCGUUCACACCGGGGAGAAGCCGUUCGCCUGCUCCUUGUGCGGGAAGGCGUUCGCCCGCUCGUCCCAGCUGCUGACGCACCGGUUGAUUCAUACUGCGGAGGGCUCGUUUGCCCGCUCGGUGUGGGAUGGGGUUCACUUAGUUGUGCCGCCCAGUGAAAAGCCAUCAAAUUCACCCUGAGGAGACCGAUCACACAUGCUGUGCAUGUUUGUUACUGCUGCUGAGUUCACACGCAAGCACACGGGGCAGCUCGUACCGCUGCUGCUGGGUGCUGUCAGGAUUGAAGGCUGAUCGCUGGCCACAGUUGGGGUCUGUUUCUUCUGAUGUCCGUCACUACUAUAACCAGGCUGCAGUGUAGCAUUCUGUACCUGUGACAAAUA